AACUUGUCCUGCUUCAUCAGUUCGAGUUCGUCUUCGAAUACGAUACCAAACGAGCAAUGUAUCUGAAAAAUUGUUGCGCGCUGCUCCUGCUGGCACUAGUUGCCUGCCAAGCUGCACCAUCUACGUUUAAAAACAUCGAAAAAAAAUCGAUCAGUGAAAAGACGAAUAAGAUCGAAAAGGAUAAUCUGAAGAUAGAAGAUCCUGGCCUGGAUAAGGAUAGGGCGAAGAAAUCCACAACAAGCUUCUGCGUGGAAAUCCGCGAUGGAAAGGAAGUUCCUUGCUUAGAUACAAACCAGCCUACACUUGUGGUCAAGCCUCUUAAGCAGACGGUAAUAAAUCCAUCGCCGGCCUAUAUAAAUUAUCCCAAUAAGUACAGUGAAACCCAAACACCCGUCCAGAUAAUCCAUGCGCAACCACAACAGCCUCAAACCAUUCAAGUCGCACCAAUUUCUCAUUCAAUCCAAACGGCUCAGCCAGUUCCUCAACUACCCCCUCAGCAAGCUUUUCAACCAGCUGCUCAGCCUGUGAUCUUCGUGCCACCAUACAACGUUCCUCCUCCGCAAAUUUCUUCACCUCAACCAACUCCGAUCGUUAACAUCUUAACGCCUCCGGCCGCUCCCUGUAAUGUCAUGCCGCCAUCAACGAUCGAACACAAACAGGAGUUCGUGAAAGAAGUCGAUUAUAUCAAGCCGGUAUUUAAACCAGAACCUAGACCGAUAUCUAGACCAGAACCAGAAUUUCAGCCAAAGCCGGUAUCUAUGGAAGUUGUGUCAAUAGAAUCUGCUCCUUGCAAACAAGAUGUGCUCGUUCUGCCAUCCAAACCCGUAGCAGUAUAUCCUGAAAAGCAAUUGGCUGUGGAGGUGACCGAGCUGGAACCUCAACCAGUAUCCGGCGCACAGUGCAUCUGUCAGAAGGGACGUCCACACACUUUGUAUAGGCAUCAUCCUAAAAUACAUGAGCAUCACCUGAUGGUACAUCCUACCCAAAGUAUCGCAACAAGUCCAUUGGUCGUACAACCCCCUUACCCUUUGAGCUAUUUAUCGAAUAACCGCCCAAUCGUCUUUGGAGAACGUUACCCGACGAACACAUACGGUGACACGUACCAGGAGCAUCCAUAUUAUCCUAACACACAUUCUACUUGGUAUCCCUCGCAAUAUCCUGAAUAUACAUCGUAUCCCGUGAAAACGUACGAUCCUCAAUAUGUAUCACCAAGUGUCACCGUGAAUGCAUUUCCGUACAAUAAUUUUCGCCAGGCACAAUCGAGCUCACCAAAACUUACGGAGAACAAUGAAUUAGAAAAAGAACAUCCAGUUGCUCGCCAAAACAUCGAUGUUCCUACAUCGGGGAUGAGCAAGCGAAAGGCUGACCCGAUACAGUUAGAGAAGAAUGAACAAGCAAAUGUCGCGCAAGAGCAAACAGUGAAGUCGAGCAACACACCCGAGAUGAAGUUCGACGAACAGUAUAGCAUGAUAUAAAAAGAAGUUGGACGAACUCUCAGAGUUUUAUACGCCGUAAAUAUACGUUAUAAUUUAUUAA